CGUGCUCAACAGGAGGGGGAAAAGGAAACAAAAACCCAAAACCUCAAUGUCAAAUUUGCUUGACGCGGGAGCCAAGAAGCUCCGGCUUGGGCAGCUCCCUCCGCUCGGGGAAUCGCCCCACGGUCCCGCUGGUAGCCAGCCCGGCCUGGCUCAGCAGGUGCACCUAAGGUAGUUCGGUUAAUCGUGUCCUGGUCGGUUUUCUCCGUGUUCCUUAAGUAGCACGUGUUGUGCUACAUAUUCACCAGCCAUAUUUCCCCCCCCAGUUUUCAGAUUUCUUUUACCACAUGUCAUAUCUCUUCAAUAAGAUCAGCAAAAAUGCAUAUCGAAUAUACGACUGAUGAGAACGCAUGAAAAAAGAUUGUUUCAAGCUGUGUGGACUGGCCUCAUACUGCCUAUUUAUGGCAGAGAGAGGAUCUUAUUUCCUUUGGGCAGUAUCGAACAACUUUUAACUGUUAUAGUGCCUUUUUUUUUCUGGUAUCCAUGGCUGUACACUCUCCAAGUUCUGAACAGCCAAAUCAUGAUUCUCCAGAUAGUCUGCUUUACUGCAGUUCUUGUUCCCACAGCAGGCUUAUUCUCUACAGAAAAAAGGUUAUGAUCUUAUGGAAAAACCACAAUCAGUCAAGCAUUGCCUGGCUUGCUUAAAAUAUUUUUUCUUCUGUGUGCAAUUUUCUAGAUAUCCCUUUUAAGCAGUUUGAGAAAAACUCAAAUUCCAUUGCACUGAAGUCCACGUGGGUCAUAAAGCACUGGAGCUUGUAGGUCAGCUGUAGAUACGUGGCACUUAGGCUAAUGGAGCGACUGAUAGCAGUAGGAGUUUGUCAUUCUUUAGACCAGCACUAGAAGACCUUUUCCGACAGUCAGGAAACUCAGUCAAGGAACUCUAAUUUCCUGUGCUUCCUUCCAGGUUCUAUAGGGGAUUGUGGUUUUGUAGGCACAGUCUUUUUCCUCUCUUUCUCAAGUGUAAUUCCAGCUAUGUAAUCAUCUGCAACAUUUUAUUUUUGAUUCACUCCUGGUGGUACCUCCCAAAUCACUAGGUCUUGCUUAUCCAUUAAGAGUCUUAUUUUGCACCUCUCACCCUAGCUUUCUCAUCUCCAAGCUUUCUCAGCUUGUCCCAGCUCUGAUUGCUGUUCGCUUUUUUCACUCUCAUCCACUUUUCACUGUCAUUACUUGUCCAGCCAACACCGUUCAUAUUCCUGAUUCUUCCUCUGAUCUCUUUCCCCUUCGUUACACCUUGGAUAGCAUCCCAAUCCUCAUCUCCCUCUCGUAAUUCCACACCCUAAUUUCUUCACAGAGUUCCCUGAUAUACUUGGGUUUAUACCCCAGUUCUGUUGAUGUGUCCCAUUUCUGUUGUUCACACAGCAGAUCCAUUUCCUUUUCCUCUUAUCUGUUCUCCAGCCACUGUUCUGUGGCAUGAUGAACCUGCUUUUUCAUAGUUCUCUCCUUACCUCCCAAUAUCAACUCCCAGUUCCUAAUUUCUUAAUUUAUAUAGUCCCAAUCUAUUUUCCUGCAUGAUGCAGCUUUGCUGCCUAUCCAGUGCUAGUUACAGCUUCUACCUCUGCUUUUCCUUCUGUCCUACACUUACCUGAAUUCCUUAUUCCAAACUUCCCUUUUAUCUCCUCUGCAUCUGAGUUGGAAAGUUCUGUUUUCUGUGCUGCCCGACAGGUCACUAUGAACUCAGCAGACGCAGGUUCCUUGCUCGUAGUUGCAGGACCGAGUGGGGAGUGGGCAAAGUUCAAUUUUAUGCCUGUAGCUAUGAGCUGGAGAGAUGAACCUACUUAGUGGCUUGAUGGGAAGGAAACGCAUAGUGCAGUGGGAAUUCUCACAAGGUGAAUUAUUAACUGUUUCUUCUGGACAUUUACGAAUUGUGGUUUUUCUGUUUUCUAACUUAGUAAACACUGGGUGACUAGGUAGAUUGAAAUAGUUCUGAAUGUAAGCAUAGCAAUGUAUUUUUUCUAUAACUGCUUUUAAAAACAGUUUUGGCCAUUUUGGUGUAAAGUGAGAGAAAAACGAGGCAGAGAGCAUGAAAAAUUUCAGCCUAAGCAGUUAGCUGGGUCUUGCUGUAAAUACUGGAUCUAGACUCUUUGCUGGGCAGCAUAAUGGUAAAUUACAAAGGCUUUCAUGUAAUAAGGCACACUGGUAUUUAGGCACCUUGAGACAAAGGUCACUCACUGCCCAGUGUUUUGUCCUCCACAGCCAACAACCAAACUCUUCAUUGAUGGGAAGUUUGUUGAGUCCAAAACUACUGAAUGGAUUGAUAUCCACAACCCGGCCACAAAUGAAGUGGUUGCCCGUGUACCAAAAGCUACAGCCAGUGAGAUGGAGGCAGCUGUGGCUUCUUGCAAAAAGGCGUUUUGGAACUGGUCAGAAACAUCCGUUCUGAGUCGCCAGCAAAUCUUCCUGCGUUAUCAACAGCUCAUCAAAGACAAUCUGAAAGAAAUUUCAAAACUCAUCACCUUUGAGCAAGGGAAGACCCUGGCUGAUGCUGAGGGAGAUGUGUUCCGAGGCCUCCAGGUGGUUGAACAUGCUUGCAGUGUGACAUCCCUCAUACUGGGAGAGACCAUGCCCUCCAUCACUAAAGACAUGGACACUUACACCUACCGUCUGCCUCUGGGUGUGUGCGCUGGAAUUGCACCGUUCAAUUUCCCAGCCAUGAUUCCUCUUUGGAUGUUCCCCAUGGCUAUGGUUUGUGGAAACACCUUCUUGAUGAAACCAUCUGAGCGUGUACCAGGAGCACUCAUGUUCCUUGCCAAGCUGUUUCAGGAUGCUGGUGCCCCUGAUGGAACCCUGAAUAUCAUCCAUGGACAACACGAAGCUGUGAAUUUCAUUUGUGACCAUCCGGAUAUCAGAGCAAUCAGCUUUGUGGGAUCUAAUCAGGCUGGCGAGUACAUCUAUGAGAGAGGAUCCCGGAAUGGCAAGAGAGUCCAGGCCAACAUGGGAGCCAAGAACCAUGGUGUGGUGAUGCCUGAUGCCAAUAAAGAGAACACCUUGAACCAGCUGGUUGGAGCUGCUUUUGGAGCAGCUGGGCAACGCUGCAUGGCCCUGUCUACAGCAAUUCUAGUGGGAGAAGCUCAGAAAUGGCUGCCAGAGCUCGUGGACAGAGCCAAAAAUCUACGUGUAAAUGCAGGAGACCAGCCUGGAGCAGAUCUAGGGCCUCUGAUCAGUCCCCAAGCUAAGGAACGGGUUUGCCAUCUGAUUGAGAAAGGAGUAAAAGAAGGUGCCAGCCUUCUUCUGGAUGGACGUAAUAUCAAAGUGAAGGGCUAUGAAAAUGGCAAUUUUGUUGGGCCAACGAUCCUUGCCAAUGUCAAGCCAAACAUGACUUGCUACAAGGAGGAAAUCUUUGGGCCCGUCUUAGUGGUCCUGGAAGCAGAUACUUUGGAUGAUGCCAUUGAGAUGGUGAACAAUAACCCCUAUGGAAAUGGAACUGCAAUCUUCACCACCAAUGGAGCCACAGCUCGGAAAUAUUCUCACUUAGUAGAUGUGGGCCAGGUGGGUGUCAAUGUUCCGAUCCCAGUACCUCUGCCCAUGUUCUCUUUCACCGGCUCUCGUGCUUCUUUCAGAGGAGACACCAAUUUCUACGGCAAGCAGGGAGUGCAGUUCUACACACAGCUGAAAACAAUCAUUUCUCAAUGGAAAGAAGAAGAUGCUACUGUUACGAAGCCCGCUGUGGUUAUGCCAACUAUGGGAAACUAAAUCAGCCUUUGCAGGUGCUGUGGCUGGUGCCCUUCUCCUUCUAUGCUGCACUUUCCAGCUUUGUCCUGACUAUCAUAAUUUCCUUGGGAAUUAAUAGAAAGCUCCAUGUUCUCAAGGACCUCUGUUUCUGUGCAGAUCAGGCAGGCUCAUGUAACGCACAGUCUGGGUUUUCUGUUGCUGUCAGUCUUUUUUGGCUAGCUGAACUCAUUCUUUUUUUCCUACAACCUAUCACAGAGGAAACAACCUUAUCUAACUGAAAGGGCAGAUAGUGAGAUUUGGCCUUAAUUUGUAUUUCUUUCCAGAUGCUCUGAACUUGAACAUUACUCUGGUUUCCACCUCAAUAUCUUUAGCCUUAGUGACUGACUCACUCCUGGCUACAUCUUGUAGCAGUUUUCUUUACCUCUUUAUCUUACAUCCUAAGAUUUUGAGUUCACCUUACUCAAAGAUGAGUACUUUUUUGAGUGACAUAACUGGGACACCUUGGGUGUCUCAUAGAAGUGACUUUACAAACAAUGAAGACAGCAACUUUGGGAGUUGAAAAUUUCAGUCUUUCAUCUGUUGAGCAGUUUCCAAAACACUCGGGAAAUAGCUUUCCUUUUUCAGGAAAGAGUAUUUCAUUGCUUGUCAGAGGAUGAAGGAAAUCCCUGUGUGGUACAGUGACCUUCACCAUGCCUCUGACAGCUUGAGAACUUCUGUUCCUGUUGUGCACAUUGGCUCAUGUUCUCCAGCUUGCUGCUGAUUCUGUUACACCUGAAAGUUGCUUGGUGCCUUUGUACUGUGCUAACAGACACGUGCCUACAGGUCCUGUAGCGUAAUGAAACUGUGGAAGCAGAAACAUAAGUGUGUGUAUGUAUCUUUGCGUCACAGCAUUGUGUGGGUCUGGGUGGAAGAGAUAGUAAAUAGACGAGUCAGUGGGAAGACAGAACACAGUUUUUUAAUCACAAAGCAGCCAGGCCUGUUCUGUUGAUUUCUUCUCCUGACUGUAGCUGUAUUUCUUUUGCUAAUUGAUUGACUCCUUGUAACAUUUGCUCAAACACAGUCACGUUCUCUAGGGACUGCAGGUCCCAUUACUAGAGAAGGAUAAGACUUGGUAUACCCAGUUUUUAAAAAUCUCUGCAUUUGGAGCUUGAGAGCCUGUAUUUUUAUUCCUGGAUGCAGCCAUGAGGGAACUUAUUCAAGCACCCAUGGCAAAUACUACUAUUCUAAUGAUUGUAACUGUUACUUGUUCUAAUUAAACUACCCGAAUGUGAACACUUUGUAUCCUGCCUUCUGGCAAAGAUGCCUUGUAACUGACAUUUAUGUAUUAGUGCAAUUGCUGUGCAUUCACUUAUGUUUGUAUCUUGGUUUUUUCCUCUGCUACACCCUAGAGGGAAAUUCUCACUGUGUAAUUUGAUUACGAAUUAAAAACAUGCUAAUACAUUUCUGCAGAGUGUGACUGUUGGUCGGUAAGGCACUAUAUAGGUGUGAUGUUGACUUCAUUCACCUCUUUGCAGAGGCUGGUCUGUGACUCCUGUAACCCAUGUAUAUCCAUC